GAGGCGAGGGGCGCGGGAUGAGGCAGGCGAGGCGGAAGCGCGGCGCUUCCCGGCGUUCCUCGCGCGAUCCGCGGCGGAGCUCGGCGCGGCGGCUUCCGGGGGGAAAGGGAGCGGCGCUCGGCGGCCGGGCCAAGAUGGCGGUGCAGGAGUCGGCCGCUCAGCUCUCCAUGACGCUGAAAGUGCAGGAGUACCCCACGCUCAAGGUGCCAUAUGAAACACUGAACAAACGAUUCCGGGCAGCUCAGAAAAACAUUGACCGAGAGACUAGCCACGUUACUAUGGUGGUAGCCGAACUAGAGAAGACUCUGAGCAGCUGUCCAGCGGUGGAUUCUGUGGUUAGUCUCCUUGAUGGAGUAGUUGAAAAGCUCAGUGUUUUGAAACGAAAGGCAGUGGAAUCAAUCCAGGCUGAAGAUGAGAGUGCGAAGUUAUGCAAGCGCAGGAUCGAGCAUCUUAAAGAACAUAGCAGCGAUCAACCAGCUGCUGCAAAUAUGUGGAAGAAAAAACGCAUGGAUCGCAUGAUGGUCGAACAUCUCUUACGGUGUGGUUACUACAACACAGCUGUAAAACUAGCCAGGCAAAGCGGUAUUGAGGACUUGGUAAACAUUGAGAUGUUUUUGACUGCCAAAGAAGUAGAAGAAUCCUUGGAAAGGCAAGAAACAAUGACUUGCUUAGCUUGGUGUCACGAUAACAAGUCUAGGCUCAGGAAGAUGAAGAGUUGUCUGGAGUUCAGUCUAAGGAUCCAGGAGUUCAUUGAACUUAUUCGACAGAACAAGAGGCUGGAUGCUGUGAGACAUGCAAGGAAACAUUUCAGCCAGGCUGAAGGAAGUCAGCUGGAUGAAGUGCGGCAAGUGAUGGGGAUGUUAGCCUUUCCUUCUGAUACCCACAUCUCUCCUUACAAGGGCCUGGGAACGGACGAAGAUACGCUGAUCGAGAUCAUUUGCUCGCGGACCAACCAGGAGCUCGGUCAAAUUAACAGAAUACAAUGUUAUAAAGAAGACGGCAGUUCAAAAAACCCCGACUGCCCUGUGUGUAGCAAAUCCCUGAAUAAGCUGGCUCAGCCUCUGCCAAUGGCACACUGUGCCAACUCCCGACUAGUCUGCAAGAUUUCAGGAGAUGUGAUGAAUGAAAACAAUCCUCCCAUGAUGCUUCCAAAUGGAUAUGUGUACGGAUACAAUUCUUUGCUUUCUGUUCGUCAAGAUGACAAAGUAAUUUGCCCAAGAACCAAAGAGGUCUUCAACUUCUCACAAGCUGAGAAAGUCUACAUUAUGUAACUCCCUUGUACAAAGUGCCGCUGGAAUUUGACACAGUAUAUUCCGGCAUGUCCUUAAAGCAAGAUCUUGUGUGUGUGGCAAAGAGACCUGCCAUCUUGUGGGGGGGAGGGUCGGAUUUGUUGGUGGCAUUUUUUAUUGCGACCAAAGAUCAAUAAGCAACAAUAUACACUCUAAACGUGAGGAGGUAUGGCUAACAGUUUGUACUUUGGAGGGAACAAAUUUUGAAUGCUUGGAUUUUGUAACAGUAAUUGGAUUUUUCUCUCACACUCAUCCAGCAAAAGAAGCUUACUUAAAAAACGGACCAUAUCACUUGAGAGAGAAAAUUGCGGUGGGAUCCCCAAAGGGUCAUGUUUUCAGCGUCUCCACUGUGUGCCCCUGUCGGGGAAGCUAAUAUUUAAAGAGGCUAAAUGUGCAAAUAUGUGGGGUGUGUCCAUACCAGGGAGUUGCAGCCAGCCGCAGCCUCUGACUGUGUGCCCACCUUGUGGCUCCAGGUGUGCUGAAGUCCCCUUAAGAAGUGGCGGUGGUCGCCCCACAGGAUGCAAACUGGAAACACGUCUGCCAUGUGGGCAGUGUGAAGUUGGCCUUGAUGUGCUUCAUUUCUCUGUUCACUGUUGGCAAAGAAGCUUUCGUUUUUGAUCUUCCUCUCCACUUUUUAAACGUUUCUGUAUGCCAUAGUAGCUCUUCAUGGAACAGAUGCUGACAGAAUUGACACAAGGCCGACUUCACCAGAAGAAUUAGAGAUUUCUCUGAAGGGGGGAUAGAAGCAUUUCUUCUCCCAGUCCCCUUUCCAGAAACCCCCCCCCCCCCGGCCCGAUGAAGCAUCGCAGAAGGAUUGCAUAAAUACAGAUACAACUGAGAACAAUACAGGCAUCAUGCACUGCUUGUAUGUCCAUUUCCCAGUUUACCAGUUUACCAUAGUGUUAAAAGUCCUUAUUAGUUACUACAUGCAUAGGAUUCAAUAUCAAACCAUUAGUGCUACUGCCUUAUUUCUUGCUUUGAGAAUGUACUCACAUUUUAAAAAAUCAACCUUAAAUGUUUGGCAAGUUUUUGAAGAUGGCUUGCAGGAUAAUUAUGUAAUUUUAGGGUGUUCAUUACAGAAGAGAUUAGUUCAAUUCUAACAGCUAUAAAUCACACCCAUAUCACUCUCCAAACAAAACCAUUGUAAUUAAAAUCAUACAGUAGGAGUUUGUAUUUAGCAUUUAUUUUUGCAUGUUGAUGUUGAUUAGCUAAUAAAGACUGUAA